AUGGAAAAGAUUUCAAAUCAAUUCUCUAAAGAUAAAAAAGAUAAUACCCCAAGUACUGAUGGCAUAGAUGGAAUUACUAAAGGUAUAUCAGAAUUGUUUUUAAAUUUGGCUAAAGCUACUAAAGUUAUUAAAAAAUCUCAAUGCAGAUGUUCUAUCUAUAAUAAGAUAGGUCAUACUUUUCGCACUUGUUCUAAAAGAAAAAAAGCAGAAGAAAAACUUAUACAAGAACUCAAGGAAGCCAGAGCUCAACUAAGGCAAACGACCACCCAAAAACUAUCUUCCACAGAUCUAAAAAUUAGUGAAAACAACCCUUACACUAAGUCAG